GAACAGACUAUUUGAAGUUGGAAUGCGGUGAUAUGGUGGAGGUUCUACAGCACGACAUCAAGACGGGUUGGGCACAUGGCAAAAAGGUGAAGUCAGCCAGAGGAGAGCCAGUCGAAGGCGAAGGCCACGAAGGAUGGUUUCCGGACUGGGCCGUGGACCCUGCCAGCGACAAGAGCUGGGUUGAGUUGGCAGCGGAGGAGUUCUCGAACUUGGACCAAGAGCUACGAAAUCUGAGACGCUUGGACGUCUUGGCCGACCCCGGGGACGCUUGCGACUUCUACGUCGAUGUCUUCGCCUCGAAACCUGGGAUGAUCAAGUGGAAUCCCAAGUUGCAACUGGGGAGAUGUUUGCUACAGCAGCACCUGUUCUCCAUCACUCCAGAGGACGAGGAUCAGGACGAGGACGUCUAUUUCUUCAACCCGGCUGAUACUUUGUUCGACGAUCCCCUCCGUAAGGAUGAACCUUUCGACAAUCGCUUCUGCCCCACCUUCAGCUGCAAGACAGUAUCAAGAACCCAGAACGGGACGACAACAAAAGUCAGAAGUACGGACAAGCCAAAGCUCGUCUGGUGGAACAAACAGCAGGAGGAUUUCUAUCAAGCAGAGAGAGCCCAAGAGACUGAGAAAGUUAUGGAGAGAAUAGAAUCCGAAGGCACGUCUACGGCAUCCGGAAUGAGUCCUCAAGGCCACUUAGAUGUGGAGCCUGAGACCAUACCGCUCAAGGAACUCUGCUACCGAGCGGCGCUGAAGGGUAUGCGUUUGGUGUCGAAGCAACACGUGCCGGAAAUCUGUUUACCAGCACCACGACAGAACUUUGGACCUGAGAUGGAGGAGAUUCACAAUCAGACCUUCAUGGUGCCCUUGGGCCACGAAAUCACAAGAGAUCCUACGACAUGGAGACUCGCCCGCCUGAAAAUGGGAAGGAUCGAAACGGCGAAGAAAAAAAAGAAGGAUCCCAUUGAGGUGAGAAGUGUUGACGGAUCGACCUACACGUUUUCAUUGUACAGCAGCACCAUGAUCAAGAUCUGUAAGGACUCGGACUUCCAGCGGGCCAUCCCAGUCCAUCGGAGCCUACGGGUCACGGAGGAGGGAGGCAAACGCUUCGUCGAAGUCUCUGCAGACCGAGAGCCCAUUCAGGUUGCUCCGGAUCAGUUCAAACAGCUGAACAAGGCGCUGGACUUGUUUCGCAUCGGCGCCGCCGAAGCGCAGAAUGCCUACUUAGAGGCCGAGGAAAAGCCACCGCCAAACGACAACGAGACCCCUGCCUACCUGAACAUCCGCUACCGUCGUUACGGCACGGUGGUCUGGGUUGCACCAAUGGAGGUCUUCGAAUGGCAGGAUUCCAGAGCGGUGACCGCUCCCUCUAUGGUCAGGAAGUCUUGCAAAAGCAAGGCAUGGUUGGUGGAAGCCUCAAAAUUGGGCCAGCAGAGUCCAGUAAACCCGGACAGGCUUUGCGGAACCUCCAUGUGCAAUCUGCACAAGCGGAGAGGCGAAAAGACUGGGCAACUUGAAGUUGUUGAUUUCAUCACAGUUGGUGCAAAGCAUGCGCUUGAGUUGGCCUUGCUUCGAAAAGAGUUGGAGAUUUGCCGCAGUGAGGCGGCUGCCCAGAUCCAGGCACUCCGUGAAGAGCUCCGGAGUAUGGGACUGGUGAAAUUGGAGGAACCAGAAGAAACCAUUGAGAUGGCAGCAGAGGUUCGGGGGGCUGUACAGGCUGAACACCAACAAUGGCAUUUCAUGCCAUCGGUUGGAACAUGGAUCCAGCGACCAAUUCAGCUUCAGAUCCAGGAGCCAGAAGAAGCCAUUGAGAUGGCAGCAGAGGUUCGGGGGGCUGUACAGGCUGAACACCAACAAUGGCAUUUCAAGCCAUCGGUUGGAACGUGGAUCCAACGACCAAUUCAGCUUCAGAUCCAGGAGCCAGAAGAAGCCAUUGAGAUGGCAGCAGAGGUUCGGGGGAAUGAACACCAACCGUGGCAUUUCAAGCCGUCGGUUGGAACAUGGAUCCAGCGACCAAUUCAGCUUCAGAUCCAGGAGCCAGAAGAAGCCAUUGAGAUGGCAGCAGAGGUUCGGGGGGCUGUACAGGCUGAACACCAACAAUGGCAUUUCAAGCCAUCGGUUGGAACAUGGAUCCAACGACCAAUUCAGCUUCAGAUCCAGGAGCCAGCUCUAGCCAGAGAGAUGGCAGAUGAGGAGCCAGAAGAAGCCAUUGAGAUUGAAGCUGAGGAGGAACGGUGGCAUGAUGAUGUGUGGAUCCCAUACAGCACGAUGUUGCGAGAAACGGUGGUAACAGAGGAGGAGAUGCAGUGGCGGGCUUUACAAUCCUUUGAAGUCCGCCAGUUCCCGGAGUAUCCGAGGAAUAACCUCACAGGCGAGAGGGUCGAGGCGCAGCAGACGGUUGAGGUGACGCACAUAGUAAAACAGCACUGCGAGAGCGAUUUCCUCAAGCUGGCGAGCGGAGGGUAUGUCUUCACGAAGAGCCGCUCCGGGAUCCGUCUCUUCGAGAGAGUUGAAGAGUCAGCGGAGUCAACGGCACGAUACCACAAUUGGCACAACCAAAGCGGCACUUGGAAGGGGCGUCAGUGGCAGUGGCAGGACAAAAAAGAAGAGAAGUGGAGCGAGCAUCGAUCCCGGGGAACAGGCAGAGAUGCAAGGCAAUACAAGGCGCCGGGUCAGGUUCAACGAGGCUCCGAAGUUUCCGGAGAAGGUCUGGGAGGUGGCAGUGGCAGGACAAAAAAGAAGAGAAGUGGAGCGAGCAUCGAUCCCGGGGAACAGGUUCGAACCGGGACUGGUGGCAGUGGCAGGACAAAAAAGAAGAGAAGUGGAGCGAGCAUCGAUCCCGGGGAACAGGUUCGAACCGGGACUGGUGGUCAUCAUCGAAUUCAUGGGCAGAACAGCGCGAAUCUUGCCCUAAAAAUACAAAUUCGGCAUAUCCGGAUCCCAAUGAUCCGAAGUAUCGCAUUGAUUGGGUUGCUCAUUUCAAGAAGUCUCAGUAGCGCUGAGUGAGUACUUCCUGCGCACAGAACGCUGUCACUGCGAAAUGCACAGAGCAGUCG